AUGCGUGAGGCCAUCUGCAUCCACAUCGGCCAGGGUGGCGUGCAGAUCGGAAACGCCUGCUGGGAGCUCUUCUGCCUCGAGCAUGGCAUCCAGCCGGAUGGUCAGAUGCCCAGCGACAAGACCAUCGGUGGCGGAGAUGACGCAUUUAAUACUUUCUUCUCGGAAACGGGCGCUGGAAAGCACGUCCCUCGCUGCGUCAUGGUGGAUCUUGAGCCUACGGUCGUGGAUGAAGUUCGCACCGGUACCUACCGACAGCUUUUCCAUCCGGAGCAGCUGAUUUCUGGUAAAGAAGAUGCUGCAAACAACUUCGCUCGCGGACAUUACACGAUCGGCAAAGAGAUCGUGGACCUGGUCCUUGACAGGAUCCGCAAGUUGGCCGACAACUGCACCGGGCUGCAGGGCUUCUGUGUCUACAAUGCCUGCGGUGGAGGAACUGGCUCCGGCUUGGGCUGCCUCAUGCUCGAGCGCUUGUCCGUGGACUACGGAAAGAAGAGCAAGAUUUCCUUCACCGUCUGGUGCUGCCCGCAGGUAGCAACGGCAGUCGUCGAGCCGUACAACACCGUGUUGUGCGUUCACUCGCUCUUGGAGCAUACAGACGUGACGAUCAUGUACGACAACGAGGCCCUCUACGAUAUUUGCCGAAGGAACCUGGACAUUGAGCGCCCCACGUACACCAAUCUGAACCGCUUGAUCGCCCAGAUCAUCAGUUCCCUGACGGCCAGCCUUCGCUUCGAUGGAGCCUUGAACGUGGACAUCACGGAGUUCCAGACGAACCUGGUGCCGUACCCGCGCAUCCACUUCAUGCUCACGUCCUAUGCUCCGGUCAUCUCUGCCGAGAAGGCCUACCACGAGCAGCUGUCCGUGGCUGAGAUCACGAUGUCCGUCUUCGAGCCGGCGUCCAUGAUGGUCAAGUGCGAUCCGCGACACGGCAAGUACAUGGCCUGCUGCAUGAUGUACCGUGGUGACGUUGUGCCGAAGGACGUCAACGCAGCAGUUGCCACCAUCAAGACCAAGCGCACCAUCCAGUUCGUGGACUCUUUCAAAGAUUAG